UAAAAAGUUCUGGGUCUUCUCUCAGCAUUUCUGCAUUAUUGGGUUCCCUUCUCCAACGGUUGACCUGAACUGGUGUGAUGGACUUCACAUCUUCGCCGUCGUUCUCGAAAGCGAAACACCAACGGAUUCACGACGUGUUCAUCAACUUCAGGGGAGAAGACACCCGCAGGAAGUUCGUUUCUCAUCUCCACUAUGCUCUCUCAAACGCUGGAGUCAACACCUUCUUUGACGAGGAGAAUCUUGUCAAAGGAAUGCAGCUUCAAGAACUCAUGCGAGCAGUAGAAGGAUCUCAGAUAGCGAUCGUUGUUUUCUCCCAAACCUACACUGAAUCAACUUGGUGCCUUGAUGAGCUUGAACAAAUCAUCAAAUGCAACCAAACCCAGGGCCAGAGUGUUCUCCCUGUAUUUUACGAGAUUGACCCAUCCGAUGUACGUCAUCAGAAAGGUGAUUUUGGAAAAUCGUUGGAAGAAGCUGCACGCAGAACCUAUUCAGGAGAACAACUGGAGCGUGCCUUGUCCCGGUGGAGCCGUGCACUCAACAAAGCUGCAGGUAUCUCUGGUUGGGAUGUCAAAAAUUUCAGGAAUGAAGCUGAACUAGUAAGACAAAUUGUUGACCGCGUUCAGAAGUUACUGGACUACGAAGUCUUGUCUAUUACAGAAUACCCUGUUGGACUAGAAUCCCGUGCGCAAGACGUGAUUGGACUCAUUGAAACUCGUUCCACCCAAGUCUGUAUGAUAGGGAUUUGGGGUAUGGGGGGAUCGGGGAAAACUACCGUUGCAAAAGCUGUCUACAAUCAGAUUCAUCGUAGAUUCAUGGAUAAAAGUUUCAUUGAGAAUAUUAGAGAAACUUGUGAAAAUCAUGGUAGAGGGUAUGUUCCUUUGCAAGAACAGCUUCUUUCAAAUGUUCUGAAAACGAAGGUGGAGAUACAUAGCGUUGGGAUGGGGACGACUAUGAUCGAGAGCAGACUUGAUGGAAAAACCGCACUUAUUGUACUUGAUGAUGUGAAUGAGUACAACCAAUUAAAAGCUGUCUGUGGAAAUCGUAAGUGGAUUGGUCAAGGAAGUGUAAUAAUCAUUACAACUAGAGAUGUUGGUCUCCUUACUAGACUUGAUGUUGAUUAUAUUUAUGGGAUGGAUAAAAUGGAUGAAGACGAGUCGCUUCAGCUUUUCAGUUUUCAUUGUUUUGGAGAUGCAAAACCAAAAGAAGACUUCAGUGAGCUUUCAAGAAACGUUGUUGCUUAUUGUGGAGGACUACCUCUGGCUCUUGAAGUGCUUGGUUCUUAUUUAUUUGACAAGACGUCAAAGAAAGUGUGGGAAGGAGUAUUGUCGAUACUAGAAAAAAUUCCCAAUGAUGAGGUUCAGCGGAAAUUAAGAAUAAGCUUUGAUAGUUUAAGCAAUCACAUGGAGAAGGAUAUAUUUCUUGAUGUAUGUUGUUUCUUUAUAGGUAAAGACAGAGGUUAUGUCACAGAAAUACUAAAUGGUUGUGAACUAUGUGCUGACGUUGGAAUACCGGUUCUCAUAGAACGUAGCCUCAUAAAAGUAGAAAAAAACAACAAACUUGGAAUGCAUCCUUUGCUACAAGAAAUGGGAAGAGAGAUAAUUCGUGAAAACUCAAGAAAGGAACCUGGGAAGCACAGUCGAUUGUGGUUUCAAAAGGAAGUAGUUGAAGUAUUGACAAAGAAUACUGGGACAGAAGAUAUUGAGGGAUUGGUUUUGAAAAUGCAUUUAACCAUCAGAGAUUGCUUCAAAGCCGAUUCUUUCCAGAAAAUGGAGAGAUUGAGACUGUUGCAACUCCAUCAUGUACAACUUGAUGGAAAUUAUGGGUACCUUUCUAAGCAACUGAAAUGGAUCUCUUGGCACGGCUUUCCUUCAAAUUGUCUGCCAAACAGCUUUUGUAUGAAUGAUGUAAUUGCGAUUGAUUUAAAGUACAGUCAUCUUCGAUUCGUCUGGAAACAAUCCCAGGAUUUGAAGUGGCUAAAAGUCCUUAAUCUGAGUCACUCCAGGUACUUGACAGAAACCCCUGACUUUUCUAGACUACCAAGUCUUGAGCAGCUCAUUCUCAAAGAUUGUCCAAGUUUAUUAGCGAUACACAAAUCCAUUGGUGAUCUCUGUAAUAUUUUAUUGAUAAAUUUGAAGGAUUGUACAAGCCUAAACAAUCUCCCCAAAGAGAUAUAUAAGUUGAAAUCUGUGAAAACAUUUAUCCUUUCUGGUUGUUCAAAGAUUGACAAAUUGGAAGAAGAUAUAGCACAGAUGGAAUCCUUGACAACUCUAAUUGCUGAUAAUACUGCUGUGAAACAGGUCCCCGUUUCAAUAGUAAGCUCGAAAAGCAUUGCAUAUAUAUCCUUAUGCGGAUUUGAAGGACUGGCACGAAAUGUUUUUCCUUCUAUCAUCCAGUCUUGGAUGUCACCAACAAUGAAUCCCCUGUUAUUUAUUCGUCCGUAUUCUGGCACUUCAUGUUCUCUGGUUUCCAUGAAUACACAGAAUAAUACUUUGGGUGAACUUGCACCUAUGCUUAGAAGCCUUCCAUAUCUUCGAAGUGUUUUGCUGCGAUAUGAGACAGAGUCUCAACUAUCUAAACUUGUAGAAACCUUUCUGGUUGAACAUGUUAUAAAUGUUGCAGAAUUAGGAAUUUCAAGGCAUCACUUGAGGUCAUCUUUGAUUGGAGUUGGAAGUUACAAAGCACACUUUGAUAUUCUCAACGAUAAAAUAUCUAAGGGAUUGGUAACCAAUGAGGCUUGUGAAGUUUCACUUCCAAUUGACAAUAAACCUUUUUGGUUGGCCCAUACAGGUGAGGGACAUUCUGUGUUUUUCACUGUGCCGGAGGACUGUGGCAUGAAGGGAAUGACUUUGUGUAUUGUUUAUUUAUCAAACCCCGAAAUCAAGCCCACCGAAUGUCUUACUAGUGUCUUAAUUGCUAAUUACACAAAGCGCACCUUGCAGAUACACAGGCAAGAAACAGUGAUUUCAUUUAAUGAUGAAGAUUGGCAGGUGAUAAUAUCACAUUUGGCAGGUGGAGACAAGGUGGAGAUUUUUGUGACUUUUGGUCAUGACUUGGUGGUCAAGAAAACGGCUGUCUAUCUGAUGUAUGGUGAAUCGAACGAUAUAGAAAGUGGGCCGACGAAUUGUGAAUCGAAUGAUGUAGAAAUUGAGCCGCCGCAUUGUGAAUCAAAUAAUAUCGAAAUUAAGGCAAUAUGUAUACCAAAUGAUAUUGAAAGUAAGCCGAUGCCUUGUGAAGCAAAUGCUAUCAAAAUUGCGGCCAUGAAUUCCGAAUCAAAUGUCUUGGAAAUGAAGUCUGAUCCUAAGCCAAACAGAAAUGGAUGCAUUAGAUUCUUCAAGAAAUUUGCAAUGUGUGACUGGAACACAAGUGGAUGAGGAAAAGGUUCAGACUAUUAAAAAAGGGCCUAUACCUAACUCCAUGACUGAAGUGAGAACUUUCCACGACUUAAUAAGUUUCUAUACGAGAUUUGUGAAGAAUUUUAGCACAUUGGCAACACCGUUCAAAAAAGUGCACAAGAAAAAUGUAGGUUUCUAAUGGGAAGUGAUAAUUAAUGGAUCAUUGUAUUUUUCUUUAUUGAAUCUUUGUAAUUAUUAACUUAAGUGAAAUGUAUUUUCCUUUAUUGAAUCUUUCUAAUUAUGAUGCAAAUUUU